AUGGCUAAUGUGGAUGCUGCUGCGAGUACGAGCGGUGAAACUGAAAGUGAAAUUAAUGACGAUUUAACCGAAUCAUCGGAAAAUAUAUUUUUGCAAAGCAUAUCGGAACUGAUUGCUAAUAGUGAGCAAGCAUCUUCCGUGGGCAAUGGCAGCUUAUUAUCAAUUGAGGAAGUCGGUUCCAUACCGCAACCACAAUUUGGCUAUUUCCUUCCACUGUCAGCAAUACCGAAGCGGUUGAAAAGGGAUACACAACACGAGUCUAGCCGCUCACCCACACCUCUAAUAUCACAGCAACAUCUCAGCACAAAUGGCAAUUACAAUACAAACGGAAGAUCAAAGCGCUUUAGUUCGCCAGGAUAUAGUGAUUAUGGAUGUGAUAAAGUAAACAGUCGCAAUUUAAACGGAAAAGUUGGAAAACGAAGCAUACGGUCGAUGAAUGAGGCAAUAGAAGUUCUUGCGGAUCAAGUGGAAGAGGAGAAUAUGGGUGAAAGAACUACAUGGGAAUAUCACACUGUGAUAUUAUAUAGAGUUGCAGGCUAUGGAUUUGGAAUUGCAGUGUCUGGAGGACGAGACAAUCCACAUUUUGCAAAUGGUGAUCCAUCUAUUGCCGUGAGUGAUGUGUUGAAAGGUGGACCAGCGGAAGGAAAAUUGGAAACGAACGACAGAAUCAUCACAGCGAACGGCAUUUCAUUAGAGAACGUCGAGUAUGCAACAGCCGUUCAAGUAUUACGUGAUAGUGGAAAUACAGUAACACUUGUUGUUAAACGACGUGUCCCAGUGCCGGUGCCUGUAAAUUAUCAACAACCCGGCAGUAGUGCAAUGACAAAUCAUCAGAAUAUGCAUCAGCAUCAACAUAGUCUAAGUUCAAUUGGAUCUCAACAACAAAUAAAAGUUAUAAUUAAUAAAGCCAGUAAGAAGGAGGACUUUGGGAUUGUUCUUGGAUGUCGAUUGUAUAUUAAGGAGAUCUCAUCAAAGACUCGAGAGCAAUUGUCAGCAAAUGGAUAUACGUUACAGGAAGGUGACAUUGUAACACGUGUCCACAAUACAAACUGCAAUGACUCGAUGAGUUUAAAAGAAGCAAGAAAGAUUAUGGACUCGUGUAAAGACCGAUUAAAUCUGGCAGUUAUAAGAGAUCCAAAUGCAGUCGUCCAACAACAACCACAACAAACCAAUAACUCUAUGUUCUCACAUCAACAGCAAUUAUCAAAUUGUUCAAAUAUUGAAGAUAAUUUUAAUACAUCAUCAUACUCAACACAAAACCUCUACGUCCAGCCACCAACAAGACCAUCACUGAGUACAAUGCUAGAUGAUAAAUGUAAUUUAACGCCUCGAGGACGUUCAAGAGGUCCACUUACUGACAUUUCACAGCUUUCACAACUCGAUAGACCAUCAACACCACCAAAUCAUUCGAGAAGUCGUAGUGGAAUUAUUGAUGAGCCACCACGUCCACCAUUACCUCGAGAUGAAUAUUAUAGCACUCGACGAUUGGCAGCUGAAACGACUGAGCCACGAUACAUAACAUUCCAAAAAGAGGGCUCGGUUGGCAUUCGAUUAACGGGUGGAAAUGAAGUUGGAAUUUUCGUGACUGCCGUACAACAAAAUAGUCCAGCAUCAAUGCAAGGUCUUGUGCCUGGUGAUAAGUUAUUGAAAGUUAAUGACAUGGACAUGAAUGGUGUAACGCGAGAAGAAGCUGUGCUAUUUCUUCUAUCUCUUCAAGACCGCAUUGACCUAAUUGUACAAUAUUGCAAAGAGGAAUACGACAAUGUCGUUCAAAAUCAACGCGGUGAUUCCUUCCACAUAAAGACACAUUUCCACUACGAUGCACCAUCAAAGAAUGAACUUUCAUUCAGAUCUGGCGAUGUCUUUAGAGUAAUUGACACACUUCAUAAUGGAGUCGUUGGAUCUUGGCAAGUGAUGAGAAUUGGACGGGGACAUCAAGAGUUACAACGUGGAAUAAUUCCAAAUAAGGCAAGAGCUGAAGAAUUGGCAACAGCUCAAUUUAAUGCAAGUAAGAAGGAAGCCUCAAAUUCAGAGUCACGAAUGAAUUUCUUUAGACGCAAAAGAACCAACCAUCGACGAUCAAAAUCAUUGUCAAGGGAGAAUUGGGAUGAUGUUGUGUUUUCUGAUUCCGUCUCUAAAUUCCCUGCUUAUGAGCGCGUUGUGCUUCGUCAUCCUGGAUUUAUUCGUCCAGUUGUAUUGUUUGGACCUGUUUCUGAUCUCGCAAGGGAACGACUUAUUAAAGAUUAUCCAGAUAAGUUUACAGCACCAUUACAAGAUAGUGAUAAGACAAAGUGCGGGAUUGUUAGAUUAUCGAAUAUCCGUGACAUUAUGGAUCGUGGGAAGCAUGCAUUACUUGACAUUACACCAAAUGCUGUUGAUCGUCUUAAUUAUGCACAAUUCUAUCCUGUUGUCAUCUUCCUUAAAGCUGAUUCGAAGCAUACAAUUAAGCAACUUCGACAAGGAAUUCCAAAAUCAGCACACAAAAGUUCGAAGAAGCUUUUCGAGCAAUGUCAAAAAUUAGAUCGUGUAUGGUCACAUGUGUUUAGUACGUCAAUAUCACUAAACGAUACAGAGUCAUGGUACCGUAAGGUCAGAGAGACUGUUGAUAAACAACAAGCUGGUGCUGUCUGGAUGUCAGAGACUAAGCCUGUUGAGUCAUUAUCGGAUGAUUUCCUAUUCCCAAUGAAUACAACAUCUCGACUCUCGUAUGCCUCAAGUCCUGAAUCAGAUUUGGAGUUGUCACCUGGACCAUCAGCAUCAUUAUCAUUGGGCAAUUUACCGCAGCUUGUAAAAUCAAGUUCAGAUCCAUCAAUAGCAACAAAUCAGGAUAAUUUAGAUCGUGAUCGUGAGGAAAUGGUUGAAGGAAUGCCACCGCCAUACACGAAUCCAUAUGACCAUUCAACUGCACACACAAGAAGAUUGACUGUCGAUAAUAAAUAUGGAUUUUCACCAUCGAAACCGACCGAUGAGCAAGCACUUUAUGGAACGCGUCCAAGUGCUUUCACAGUUCCGGAAUUACCACCACGCAUUGAUAGAGCGUCAAAGCCUAAUUCAGUACCACCAAGUACACCAGGAUCAUCGUUGCCAUCAAGAAAUUCAUCGUCUGCUAAUAGUAAUGGUGGUACGAUAGGACGUACAGCACAGGAGAGAUUAUUUGGAAAUACAGCAAAACAAGGAGUUAGUCCUGAAGAUCAGCAGCAAGAUGACAUUUAUACAUCAUCAAAUAAGCUUUUGAAUACUAUGGAACCGAAGAAAAUUCCAAGCGAUGAGAAUUCUUUGGAGAGACGCAAUAUUGCGCAUGGACAUCAUCAUCACCAUUCAAGUACUCAACAGAAUUCAUUAGAUCGUCAAAAUUCAAACCAGAAGAAUGGAUCAAGCUAUGAUAGUGUGUCAAGCUAUGAUUCCUUUAAUGCUAAUCAACCACAACAAGCCAUCACAACAUCAACAUCAUCUCUACAAAAUCGAUUAGGUCCAAAUGCACCAGAUGAUCUGAAAUCAAUCCCACCACCAACAGCAAAUCGUGCAUCAUUGGUUAAUACCCAAGAAUAUGCAUCACAUCAACGUAACUCGAUUCAUGAACGUGACUAUAGUUUUAAUGGUGGAAUGGAAUCAAUGCCACAGCCACGAAACUCUGUGAAUCUUCCGCAAAGACCGACAAAUUUGCUGAUCGAGAGUCCAAGAAAACCGCAUAUGAUGGAGACUAAGACGGAUUACGGAAAAUAUAGUAGAAACAAUUCAGCUACUCAAGCCGAUUAUAUAAAGCCACCGAAAAUUGCACAAGUCGGACCACCACUUCCCAACUCUAAUCCGCCACCACCAAGUGCAUUUAAGCCUGUACCACCCCCAAAACCCAAAAAUUAUCGACCACCGAUGCAGGGUGGAGCUCAGAAUGGAAAUCAGUGGGAAAAUGGGGAGCCAGUCUCACCUCGCUCACCAAACGGAUUUUAUUACUCAACUCCAACCAAUCAACAACAUCAGCACUAUCAUCAUCAAAGUAUGACAAAUGGCUCUGGUACAUCACCACAUUAUAGUCAUCAUCAAUUUGGUGGGAAUUCGCAUUCAAAUUAUGGUCAACCAAUGCCUCCGAUGCCACCGCAUAUGCAAUCUCCACCUAUGUUUGGUAAUAAUGGAUAUAAUCAUCAACCGCAUUAUGGUAGUAGUGGAAACUAUUCACAUAGAAAUCAUGGAUUUGGAAACUUACCAGUACCAACUCAGUAUGGUAUAGACUUGGCAAAUCGUGAACAACGUGGCUCUGCUUUUGAAUUGUAUAGGAAGCCACAAGUUGGUGCUCAUAGUAUGAGCGAUAUGCCACCACAGAGACAGAAUUUACCGCCAAAGCAUCAACAGCAGCACCGAUAUGAUAUGGUUAGUGUAACGCCAGAACCACCUCCAGAGCUGCCAGUAAAACCAAAGAAAAAUCCAUUGAAAAGUCCCUUAAAGGCAAUUAAAAGUGCCAUCGUAAAAGGCACAAAAUCAUUACGACGACAAGCUAGUUUUAUGGACCCAAGUGAAUCAAAGAAACAGCGUUCACUUAGGCGUCAACAUUCCAUGAUGGAAAGAGGAUCUAGUCGGAUGUAUAACUCACAACAGAACUAUUCAAAUCAGCAAGAUUACUAUGAGUAUCAGCAGCAACAGUAUUACAAUUAUUAUCAGCAACAACAACAACAGCAACAGAGGCAAGGAUAUUAUCCACAAGAUGAGCGUUAUGCUUGGUAUCAGAGACAUGAGAGAUAUUAUCCAGCCAAUGGUCAGUAUGAUGAUGAGCCAAUGUAUGGAAAUUAUGGCCCACCGCCAGAAGAGAAUAUUUAUGCAAAUCGAGCAUUAAUUGAGCUUCAACGACCAGCUCCCGUCCAAACAUCUACAGGAGGUCGAAUAGUUCGACGACAUAGCAUGAAUGAACGUCAACCAGAUGUACCAGCAUUUGCAACACUCACAAAACGACGUUCGAAAUAUACUGAAGAUAUUGACGAUAGAUUCGCACAAAUGUCAAUUGAAGAGCCAAUUUAUCAAAGUCAACGUGGCUCAUUGAUGUAUCAGGAACCAAUGAAGUCAAGACCGGCACCACCUGAAAUGUCACAAAUCAAUCGUCGGCAAUUUAUCGAACGUCCAAUUGAUGACAAUCAAAAGGUGAUGCAGACAAGAAAAGAUUUAAAUUCACCUGGAACAUCAUCAGCAUCAUCAAUCUCGUCGCCAUCAAAAGAAAGGAAUCUGAGAGAGUCAAGGCGGCAAUUGAAAGAUCAAAUCUAUCAAUCAAGAAUUGAUGCAAUGCAAUCAAUGGCUGAGCCAAAUUUCUUGACUCGAUCGAGUAGCGGUGCAAGCACAAAUACAGGAAAUUUAAGGUCACAGCCAAUUUACGAGUCGAAGAAGGAAUGCGAUGAGUCAAAUGAGAAUGGACAUAGCCGCAAUAGUGAUGACUUGGAGAUAUCGAAUGAGAAUAAUGAACAAGAAAAGUCAUUAUUGGAAGUGAUUGAAGAAACGAUAAUGAAAAAUAAAUCACAAGAUGAAUUGAAUGAAAUUUCUACACGUGACGAUAAUGACGAUAGUGAAAUUCCAUUUGCGGAUGAUGAAGCCACAGUUGUCAAUUCCAAUACGAAUGAGACAGUCGAGGAUAGUGACGAUUCAUUGCAGAGGACAGCUAUUGAGAGAAUUAAAGAACCGAUACAUAUUUCUAGUAUAAUUAAACGUUCGGCUCCUCCACCUCCACCAAUUCGUUCACCAACAACAACAAGAACUGUCGAGCGUAGAAAUGGAAACGGACAUGCUGAAUUUGUUUACGAUUCCCACACGUCCAUUGAUACACAAUAUAUAUCUCAAGCUAGUCUUCCAACUGGGCCACCAAAUGCUCAUUCUACACCAUACACAAGUGAAUUGACCCUCAAAGAGCAAAAGUCAUUGGCAAAGGCAAGAUUCUUAGGCGCCCCGUCCGUACGUCAACCAAACACAACAAAAGGAUAUUUCGAUGAAAUGGGUGGAAUGCUUGAAGAUAAAGCAUGGAAUGUGUCAUUGAUAAUACCACCCGGUGCUAUACCAAAAGGUGCAAAACAAGAAAUUUACUUCACUGUGACAGAUCCACGAAUAUCUGAAUCUGUUGGCGGUCCACCACUGGACAUGGAAAAUGGUGAACAAGUCCUCUCACCAAUCGUACUAUGUGGACCAGUCGGUUUAGAGUUCCUUGAACCCGUAACCCUCAACAUUCCACAUUGUGCAUCAAGUACACCAUCGCUAGGUUUAUCUAUUAAGGCAACCGACAGUGAGAAAAAUCUUCAAACCAAUUGGGAUAAUAUGGAUCUUCCACCAUCAAACACAGCUCAUCAAGUCAGCGUUAAAGUUGAUCAUUUUUAA